CAUCAUAGUUCUGCUAGUGGGUGGGGGACUAUGGCUCUUAGAUUUUUCUGCACUUCAAAUAUCUCAACACAACAUCAUCGUUCUGCUAAAACUCUUGUUUCCUCUUCUCUCUCUCUAACUAACUCAUGUAUGUGGAAUUCCACUCCUGCAAGAAACAGUAAGAACAAGUGUGCUACUGCUGAGAACGUUAAGAGUCUCGUGCUUCCUUCCAUUUCAUCUACUCCACUUGAGUCUCUCCACAGAGGCAACUGGGUCAAGCUCAUUUGUGGUGCAAGCUUUGAGGAUGUUGUUGAUAUCAGAAAUCUCAGUCUGGUUUACACUCUUGCUGGAGUUGACUGCAUUGACUGUGCUGCUGAUGCAUCGGUUGUUAGUGCUGUGAAUGAAGGAAUUGAAGCUGCAAGAAAUAUGGUAUCUCUUAGAAGGCCGUGGGUGAUGAUAAGUGUCAAUGAUGAUAAAGAUCUUCAUUUUCGAAAGGCUGAAUUUGAUCCAGAGGACUGUCCAGCAGACUGUUCAAGGCCUUGUGAAAAUGUAUGCCCUGCUAAUGCAAUAUCAUUCCAAGGGAAAUCUACUUCAGGAAUUUCGUAUAAUACUGAAACACCAAGACUACUAAAGGAUGGAGUCAUAACGGAACGCUGCUAUGGCUGUGGUCGUUGUCUUCCAGUUUGCCCCUACGAUAAAAUAAGAGAGGUAACAUAUGUAAGAGAUGCUUUUACAACUGCUGAUCUCAUCAAGAGAAAUGAUGUUGAUGCUAUGGAGAUACAUACAAGUGGGAGACAAAGUAAUUUGUUCAAAGAACUCUGGAGCGCUCUAGGAGAUUCAGUACGAAAUUUGAGGCUUAUAGCAGUUAGCUUACCUAAUGUUGGUGAUUCAACAAUAUCCUCUAUGAACAAAAUGUUCUCUAUUAUGAAACCCAACCUUCAAAGCUUCAACUUAUGGCAGUUAGAUGGUCGUCCAAUGAGUGGAGACAUUGGGAGAGGAGCAACUAAGGAAUCAAUUGCCUUUGCUGUUCAAUUGGCUAAAGCAAAAGGAAGACCUCCUGGUUUUCUUCAACUGGCUGGGGGAACUAAUGCUCACACAAUUGAUGGGUUGAAGAAAGAAGGACUCUUUCAAACAACUAUUACUGAAUACUUACAUGAUGACAUGUCAACAAUCAACUCAUCUGAUUCAUCACAUGCUUUAAUUAGCGGCAUAGCUUAUGGUGGUUACGCACGAAAGAUUGUUGGUAGAGUAUUGAGAUCCAUGCAAUCCCAACAUGGUGGAGCUGCUUCAAUUGAGGAUCAUCCCGAGCAUCUCUUGAUGGCUCUUAAGGAAGCACUUGCUUUGGUGGGGCCAAUUAAAUGUCUAUGAUUGAUGACAACUUCAUAAUCACCCUUGAUAGCAGCUGUAUCUGAAAGUGUAGUGUAUACCCAGGAAGAAUAGAAACUUGUGUUUAAAAUAAUAAUAAUGGAUGACGAUAGGAUUGAUAUUAUUGAGAUCCUAUAUUGAUUAGAGAUAUGUACAAUAUAAUUCUUACAAAGUUUAGAAAGUGUUCACCUUUUAAUUUAGCCAUAAGUUUAAAUGUGUACAUGUUAGCUUUUCCUAAAUUUGUUAUCAGAUCAUUCUUGUUUGUCUA